AUGGAUAUUGAUGAAGCGAUGACUCCCGAAGGCUCGCCUUCUCGUAAUGAUGAAUUUCAGAGAAAGCGUUCACGGUCUUCCUCCAAGGCAGCAGCUAAGUCUAAGAGAGGCAAAAAGCGAUCAAAAAAGAAACGCAAAGAUUCUUCCAGCUCCUCCUCCUCCAACAGUGAGUCACCCCGUAGUUCACGGUGUGCAAGUAAGAGACGAUCCAAGGAAAAAGGUAGUUGGUCUACUGAACAGGUACUGGAUAUAUUUAAUACCCUUCAAGGGCAUAAGUGCAAGAUAAGUAAUUUAAAUAAUAAUCUUCUCAACAAUGUAAUACCAGAAUUUGAUCCGUCAAGUAAAACUCAGAAUAUCGACUGUUGGGUUAGGAAAGUAAAUGAAUGUGCUUUAAUCUAUGAAUGGGACGAGAAGCAGACCAUACAUUUUGCUCUGCAGAAACUGUCUGGCUUGCCAAAGAAGUGGUUCGAAGCCCUUCCUAGCGUUGUUUUCAAUUGGUCAGAGUGGCAGGACAAACUUACAAGAGCUUUCCCAAAUGAGCAAAAUUAUGGUCGGCUUCUCGAAGAAAUGUUAUCUCGCAGUACUCGUAGUAACGAAAGUUUACGUGAGUACUUCUACGAUAAGUUAACGUUGUUGAACAGAUGUGAAAUAAGAGGCAAAAAGGACGUCGAUUGUAUUAUCCACGGAAUACUAGAUACAUCUAUUAGAAGCAGUGCACAGGCACUGACUUGUCGCGAACCGGAAGACUUGUUGAAUUUUCUAAGCUCCCAACGUCCUAUGUUAGAAAAUAAAACAUUCAAUAGGAAACGUAGCGAUAAUACGAUAGUUCGAACGGGUAACACUGCAUCAUCCUCAGGCGAAAGUUUGUUAACUUGUUUCAAUUGCCGCUCAAAGGGACACCCUUACCUUCGAUGCCCUAAACCUCUUACGAAAUGUGUAAAAUGCCAUCAGGUAGGCCACAACAGCGAUAAUUGUAAACUAGAGCCGUUGAUUUUGCGAAAUGAGCCUAAACAAAUUUUUAACUAUAUCUACCCUCAGUAA